AAGAAAGAGAGAGACCGUUGGAGAAGAAGAAGAAGAAGUGGAAGCCACCAUGUGCGGCGGUUUCUACUUGGUGCGGCAUUCCAUGAGCUUUCUCCUCCUUGACUGGACUAUUUUAUUUCUAAAAUUAAAUGAAGAAAUAAAGCUAAACUUUUAGUAUUAUUCUCUCGCAAUCACACAGAUGCAGAUCCCUUCACAAAUUUUCUCGGGAGAAAAGAUUGUUGCGACUUUCCCGGAAAAUCUACUCGACAGAGAUGGAGCAUCUGAUGAAGGAAGGGAGGUCUCUGGCAGAGACGCCGACUUACUCUGUUGCUUCGGUUGUUACUGUUUUGGUCUUUGUUUGCUUUCUCGUAGAACGCGCCAUCUACAGAUUUGGAAAGUGGUUAAAGAAGACUAGAAGAAAGGCACUUUUUACUUCACUUGAGAAGAUGAAAGAAGAGUUGAUGUUGCUGGGACUUAUAUCACUGCUGUUGUCACAAAGCGCGAGAUGGAUCUCAGAAAUCUGUGUAAACUCUUCCCUUUUCAACAGUAAAUUCUACAUCUGCUCUGAAGAGGACUAUGGAAUCCAUAAGAAAGUUCUUCUGGAGCACACUUCUUCUACAAGCAACACUUCAUUACCACAUCAUGGAAUACAUGGAGCCUCUCAUCAAUGUGGUCAUGGCCGGGAACCAUUUGUGUCGUAUGAGGGCCUCGAGCAACUCCUGAGAUUCUUAUUUGUCCUGGGUAUCACUCAUGUUCUGUACAGUGGCAUUGCCAUUGGUUUAGCCAUGAGCAAGAUUUACAGUUGGAGAAAAUGGGAAGCCCAAGCGAUCAUAAUGGCUGAAGCAGAUAUCCAUGCAAAGAAGACGAAGGUGAUGAUGCGGCAGUCUACAUUUGUCUUCCAUCAUGCCUCUCAUCCUUGGAGUAACAAUCGUUUUCUCAUCUGGAUGCUUUGUUUCUUGCGUCAGUUUAGAGGAUCCAUACGGAAGUCUGACUACUUUGCGCUUCGGUUAGGUUUCCUCACUAAACAUAACUUGCCUUUUACAUACAACUUCCAUAUGUAUAUGGUGCGGAGCAUGGAAGAUGAGUUUCAUGGCAUUGUCGGAAUAAGCUGGCCGCUUUGGGUUUACGCUAUAGUAUGUAUCUGCAUAAAUGUUCAUGGCCUGAAUAUGUACUUUUGGUUAUCAUUCAUCCCUGCCAUUCUUGUCAUGUUGGUUGGAACAAAACUUGAGCACGUUGUCUCAAAGCUUGCUCUUGAGGUUAAAGAGCAGCAGACAGGCACAUCUGGUGGGGGUCAAGUGAAACCACGCGAUGGACUCUUCUGGUUUGGGAAACCAGAAAUUCUGUUACGGUUGAUACAGUUUAUCAUUUUUCAGAAUGCAUUUGAGAUGGCAACAUUCAUCUGGUUCUUGUGGGGAAUCAAGGAAAGAUCUUGCUUCAUGAAGAACCACGUCAUGAUAUCGAGCCGUCUGAUUUCUGGGGUUCUUGUUCAGUUCUGGUGUAGUUAUGGCACAGUGCCUCUCAAUGUAAUCGUCACUCAGAUGGGAUCUCGGUGCAAGAAAGCCGUGAUAGCAGAGAAUGUAAGAGACUCGCUUCACAGCUGGUGCAAGAGAGUGAAAGAGAGAUCUAAGCACGCGAGGUCUGUGUGUUCCCUCGACACAGCAACCAUAGACGAGAGAGAUGAGAUCACAGUGGGAACAUUGUCGAGGAGCUCAUCGAUGACUUCGCUGAAUCAGAUCACCAUAAACUCCACAGACCAGGCAGAGUCCAUAUUUGGAGCAGGAGCUUCGUCGAGCAGUCCUCAAGAUGAAUACACUUCGAGAGUCGAAGAAUAUCUGUCAGAAACAUACAAUAACAUCGGUUCGAUGCAGCCUUUAAACGAUGAGAUUGAGAUUGAGAUUGAAAGUGAAGAAGAUAACGGAAGGAGAGAUCUGAGUGGGAGUGAAGAGAAUAAUGGUGAUGUUGGAGAAACACUUUUUGAGUUGUUUAGGAGGACUUGAUUUGAUACCUGUUUCUUCUUCUUUUUGAAGUUUGGCCAAGUUGUAAUUAAAUUACUCGAUAUCAAUAAAAGCAUAAACUAUUGUAACACUGUA